CAGGUCAUGCAGUUGUGACUCUUGUGUGUAAUUUGUGGAAAUUGAACUAGCAUAAUGGCUGCAGGAUCUCAAGAGACAUUGUAUACUGUACGUGAUUUACUCCAGAAGAGUAAAUUAAUCAGUGAAGGUCCACCUGCACAAUAUCGUCUGCUUACAACCAAAAGCAAUCUUGGUGAAAACGGCUCAGUGACAAAAUGGACAUUUGGACAGAGAGACAUCAAUAUGCGAAACAAAAUUGUACUGAUGGUAGGAGAAACUGGAACAGGCAAAACUACUCUGAUUAAUGCAAUGACUAAUUAUAUACUCGGGGUGACAUUUACAGAUGAAGUGUGGUUUGAGAUCACAGAGGGGGGAGAGAAUCAGUCAGAUCAGUCAGAAACACAAACAACUAAAGUCACUGUGUAUGAGGUGUUUACCCAGAACAAUACAAUCUGUCUGACCAUCAUUGACACACCAGGUUAUGGAGACACCAGGGGAACAGAAUAUGACAAACAGAUCGCUGAGAAUCUCUACAAUCUGUUUCACAGUGAUAGUGGAGUGAAAGAAAUUGAUGCAGUGUGUCUGGUAGUGAAUGGAUCUCAGAAUCGACUCUAUAACAGACUGCAAUACAUCUUUGAUGCAGUUUUGUCUUUAUUUGGUAAAGACAUAGAGAACAACAUUGUGAUAUUUAUCACUCACUCAGAUGGACUGCCUCCAGAUGAUGUUCUUAAUGCCAUCAAGAAAGCAGGGAUUCCCUGCAGGAAAGAUGAAGAAAAUGAACCUGAGCAUUUCUUAUUUAACAAUUGCCAAACUAAGAAGAGGAUCAACAAGUAUAACAAAGAUUUACAGAGAUUUUGGGAUCUUAAUGUGAAAACUUUAAAUGAUUUCUUUGCUUCACUGGUCGAACAGAACAGAAAAAGUUUAGUGCAGACUGAAAGUGUUCUGACUGAAUCCAAACGACUUGAAGCCUGUAUUUCUAAUCUACAAAACCGCAUUGAGUUUGUAGAGUACAAAAGUAAAGAACUGACUCAAAUACAGAAAGCUCUUGAGGAAAACCAUGAAAAGAUUAAGCGAGAUGAAAACUUUACUUUUACGGUCAUCAAAUAUUACAAAGAAAAAGUUCCCAUUGAAGGUGCUUCAUGGAGGAACAGAAUGGUGUCCAGUUGCUCUGUCUGUGAGGAAAACUGUCAUGAGUACAAUUGUUGGUGUGCCCUGAAUGCCAAGUUGUGUAAAGUCAUAAAAAAAGGCUACUGCACUGUAUGUACAGGCAAAUGUCACUACACUAAACAUGUCAGAGAGAACAAGAAAUACGUUACACGCAGUGAAAACAGCAACAUGACAUUUGAUGAACUUAAAAAACAAUAUGAAACUCUCAGCAAUACAAAAUCAAUUACCAAGUUUGACUCGGAGUCCUUUGAGAACGUAAAAAGAGAGUUUGAAAGCAACAAGAGACAGGAACAGGAGAAAACUAGCAUAGAGAAGAGACUGCAAGAAGAACUGACCGAGAAAGAAAAAGAAAAAGCUGAUCUGGUGGAAGAAGCCUACAACACCAUUAUGAAACUGUCAGAGAUUGCUCUGAAGCCAGACUCUGCUUUCAUUGUUCAAUCUCUUGAAUUCUUGAUCCCUCGAGCUGAGGAAACUGGAAGAAAUGUUCUUGCUAAGAAUCUAAGAGACCUAAGGAAGAUUCAGCCUGAAUCAGAGGAAAGAGUUCAUGCUGUAAUUGCGUAUGUAACAGAAGGUUUAAUUAAAUUGAAAAAUUUUAUUAGUGGUAAAUAAAUGAAUUGAGGAGAUUACAUAUGUUUGUGUAACAUGAUGUAAUACAUAUGGAAUAAUGAACAUGUCUGCAUCAAGAAAGCAAAAUUUUCUUCGGUUAAUAAAAUACAUUGUGCUUA